AUGGAGAAUCGAAUGCUGCUGCUGAAGAAGAAGAAGGAACUCGUGCUGUUGCACCACCCCUAUGUCCUCAUUUCCCUUUUGGCCUUCAGCUUCUUGUUAAUGGACCCUCUCGACUGGAGCCCUGUCGGCGGCCACGAUUUUCGCCCCGUCAAGAACAACAUUGCGCCUUACCGUCAAGUCAUGUCCCGCUGGCCUUGGGACAAUCGCAGCCGGUUAGGCCACGGAAACUUGGAGUUCAAGGAUGAAAUAUAUGGCCCCGAAUCGCUUGAAUUCGACGCCUUUGGACGAGGCCCCUAUGCCGGCCUCGCCGAUGGCCGGAUUGUGCGGUGGAUGGGUGAAAAUAGGCGAUGGGAAACUUUCGCCGUCGGAUCUCCGUACUGGUCGGAGGAGGAGUGCAUGCAAGGCGUGGACUCGACGACCCACAAGCAGUGGAAAUACGAGCCGAAAUGCGGGCGCCCGCUAGGGCUGCGGUUUGACAAGAACACCGGGAACCUCUACAUUGCGGACGCCUACCACGGCCUUUUAAUGGUGGGGCCCGAGGGCGGAGUCGCGGUCCCGCUGGCCACGCACGCCGGCCGGAAGCCGAUUCUAUUCGCCAACGACCUCGACAUUCAUGCCAACGGAUCCGUCUUUUUUACCGACACCAGCAACCGAUACAACCGAGUCGACCAUUUCUUCAUAAUGCUGGAAGGAGAAGCGACGGGACGACUCCUGAGAUACGAUCCCCUGACGAAAAAGACUCACGUGAUCUUGAAAGGAUUGGCGUUCCCUAACGGAGUUCAGUUGUCUAAAGACCAAUCUUUUCUCCUCUUCACCGAAACUACAAAUUGCAGAGUAAUGAAGUACAUACUAGAGGGUCCGAAAAGCGGGCAGACGGAAGUGGUGGCGAACCUUCCGGGAUUUCCAGACAACAUAAGAAUGAACGACAAUGGGGAGUUCUGGGUGGCGAUAGACUGUUGUAGGACGAAAGCGCAAGAAGUGUUGAUCCACAACCCAUGGUUGCGGAGCGCAUACUUCCGGCUGCCCAUCCCAAUGAGGUAUUUGGCUAGGAUCGUGGGGAUGCGAAUGUACACGAUGAUCACGCGGCUAGACGAGAAGGGACAGAUAUUGGACGUGUUGGACGACAAGCGAGGGGACGUCAUGAAGUUGGUGAGUGAAGUGCGGGAGGCUAAGGGGAAAUUGUGGAUUGGGACCGUCGCGCAUAACCACAUCGCGACUCUCCCCUACGAGCGAUGA